AUGAUCCUCGGAGGAGCACCAAAGUGUGAGACGUGUGGGACUUCGGUGUAUCAUGCCGAGCAGGUACUGGGACCACAUAGGAAGAUAUACCAUAAGAUAUGUUUGAAAUGCGCUCAGUGUGGGAAGAGGUUGGAUCCUGGUAAUUUGGUCGAACACGAUACUCAGCCGUAUUGCUCGAGAUGUCAUACCCAGCUAUUCGGUACUCGAGACCUACGUCACGCCAAUGUCCUACCUAAUAUAACACCUACAUCCUCCCCCGCCCGUCCUCAAAUUCCCCUCACACCAUCUACGCCAACAUACAGACUCCCCUCUUCCGCCCAAUCACCACGGACCAAUCUCCCUACACCUAAAGAUUUCUACACACCACCUAGGAACCUUACCCCGCCACCUGCCGAACCUGCUACACCCACUGAUCCCAAUGUUCCGAUUACCCGACCGAACUUCCGAGAUGCUAGACCGAUAUCCGUCCCGUUUGCUGGUGGCUCGAAAGCCCUGGAUGAUAGGGGUUUGUUGAGGAGGGGUGAUAGUCCGAGAUCAAAGGUGGGGACGAGGGUUGAGGGGGAUGAUGCGUGUAAAGGGUGUGGGAAGAGGGUUUAUGCUGCUGAGCAGGUCUACUCGAUAGGCUCAAAAUGGCAUAAAGCAUGUUUACGCUGUACUUCAUGUAAAUCCACGUUGGAUCCUUCAAAGGUAUCGGAUAAAGAUGGAUUACCGUAUUGUAAGAAUUGUUAUGCGAAGGAACAUGGUCCUGGAGGUAUCUUAGGGAAGCGUUGA